AUGCCGCUUGGCAUCCUUGACGAUGGCAAACUGGAGCAUGUCCCCGGAACAGCUCCAUUAAACGAUCUCCAAGGCUCCACGAAUUACCCAGGCAUCCAUCCCAGUCUCCUCAAACAUGACCCAACUGGCCAAAUUGUACUUGUGCCUCAACCCUCCGACUCGUCAAAAGACCCAUACAACUGGCCUCGGAAAAAGAAAGAGUUGUUCACAAUUACCUAUGGGUGGAGUUGUGGUUGUGUUGGAGCCGUUGGCCCCCUUCUGGGAGCUGCAUUUGUUCCCCUUGCUAAAGAAUUUGAUGUCCCGUUGACAACAUUCGUGUCUGGUGUCCAAGGCGGAACGAUUGCCGCUGUCGCAAUCGGCAGUCUUCUGUUCAACUCUCUCGCCGUCAAAUAUGGCAAGCGACCAGUCUACCUCGGUACCACAAUCGGCCUUAUGGUUUCCUGUUUCUGGGCUGCUGAGGCGAAGAGCUUUCCGUCUCUUGUUGCAGCUCGGGUUGUUUGUGGUUUAUGUAUGGCACCAAUGGAGGCAUUGAUUCCUGCUUCAAUUGCAGACAUCUGGUUUGUGCACGAACGAGGCUUCCGAACAGCCAUUUUUAACCUUGGUGUUCUGGGUGGAAUCAAUCUUGCUGUCCCGAUUGCUGGAGGUAUUAUCGAGUACGGCUCAUAUCGCAUUGCUCUACAUGCGAUGGGCGGUGCGUUCGGGCUGGCGUUUAUCAUGAUCUUUUUCUGGAUGCCAGAGUCGGCAUAUGCAGGAAGAAAUGCUUUGAAUAUUGACACUGGCAAUGAGACUGUUACAAUCGAGGGCAAGGAGAACAUUGAACAACUUGAGCACGUAUCCGGACCCGACUCUACGCAAGAAUCCGAGCCCAGCACCCCCUGGUCUGAAGAGCUUCUCCCCUAUAGCGGCUACAUAAACCCAAUUUCAUUUUGGAAUACCCUUGUCAGGCCAUUCUAUCUGCUGGCUUCUCCUGCCGUACUCUGGGCAACGAUUCUAUUCACGAUUUGUAUUUCAUGGCUCGUUGCCAUUUCUCUCACUCUAUCACAGAUAUUUUCUGCGCCUCCAUACAACUUCUCCGUUGGGGCUGUGGGAGCAACAAACAUGGCCUCCUUUGUUGCGUCCGUUCUGGGAACGAUUGUGGCAGGUCGACUUAUUGAUGGCGUAGUUACCAGGAUGUCGAAAAUGAAUAGGGGCAUAUUUGAACCUGAGUUCCGUCUCCCUAUUAUGGUGACAUAUCUCUUAUUUACGUCAACAGGCUUCUUUGCAUGGGGUCAAUCCGCAUACGCUCAAGAUCCAUGGGCAGUGCCUGUUAUAGUAUGUCUCGGGCUGAUCAACUUCGGUGUUCAGCUUGGGACUACUGGUGUUGUUACAUACAUCGUGGACUGCCACAGAGAAAAAGCCGGAGAAGCAUUUGCUGUGAUGAACUUUGUCAAGAAUCUGUUCGCAUUUGGGUUAUCUUUCUAUAUCAAUGACUGGCUUGGCCAACAAGGUAUUAGGAACUGCUUCUUUACUAUCGGUGGAAUCACUAUGGGUGUCACGCUUUUUACCAUACCCAUGUAUAUCUACGGGAAACGUGCUCGAAGCUGGGUCCACCGACAUGGAUUUGCGGAUAGGUUGUGA